AUGUCUGCCGCGAGAAUGCACAGAGACAAGCACAGAAAACUAGCCAAACAGGCUGCCAUUGCUCAUGGACAAGGUCACGUGCAGCAUAGUAUACUGGGUAAUCAGGGACAGAAGUCGCAAGGUUCUGUUUCGCAAGGCCAUGCGCUGUCUGCGAACAUGAAGCCUACAGACGUUGUCAUAUCGAAAUCGAUCGCUUCUGUGUUUCCAGAGAAAACCGAGUUGUACCACAAAUUAAGAGCCAAGGAACGCGAGUUGGAUUUGAUGAUCAAUAAGAAGGUGAUUGAUUUGCAGGAGUAUCAACAAUCGGUGGCUAACGGACUGGUUGAAGAUCCGAACGACACUCAAAUCCUGCGAAUUUUCAUCUUCAACACAUCCGAGAACCAGCCAUGGCAAGUGAAAGACCAACAGGUGGACAAUCUUCCGCCUCCAUCGUGGACCUUGAGAAUUGAGGGUCGUUUGCUAAACGAUACUGAGCCUGCUGAUUCACCAAAGAGAAAAAAAUUCAGUUCGUUCUUGUCAGGAAUAUCUGUUGAGCUCAAGGCCAAGGACGGGAACGACGAAGAGCUGCAAAUAGGCUCUGUCAAUGACGGUCCAAGCUCGAGAGUUAUCGAGUGGCACGACAGUUUUGGAUCCAACGAGCCGGAAAGAAUGAAACAUCAAUUUGACGGUCUGGACAUUAAAAGAGCUGGUUCUUCGAUUCCCCAGUCCGAGCUGCCAGAAAACGAGUCUGCUGACCCUUCAGAGAAGGAAAUCGUGUGCAAUAUUGUCAUCCAGCCAAAGACAUAUCCAAUCAAGUUGCAAGUGGUCAACGACGCAUUGGUUGAACUUUUGGGAUCUAGCGAGAUUUCCCAGCCGGACUGCAUCCACAAGAUCUUUAACUACAUCAAGAUGAACAACUUGUUUGAAGUGCAAACGGUUCAAGAUAAACAGGGAGGCAAUCAACAGCCACAGCAAGUUGUCACCGUGAAGAGCGACGAUUUACUCUACCGUAUAUUUGCUGUCAGCUCGUUGACGUUUGCGCAGAUCAUGGAGAUCGUGUCCACCAAGCUUCUCAAGCCGGUCGAACCUAUCAAACUUCAAUACAGCAUCAACACAUUGAAGGAAACUACGCUAGGAGAUCUGGUGAUCGAUUUGAAGGUGAAUUCAAGACUGGUGAACCCAAGUUUCAAGCCAGGUGCCCAACAGUUGGCUGAGAUUAGCGAGAUGAUCAACCAAAGCAUUUUGAACAAGCAGACAGCAAAGGAUCUUGAAAAAGUGAACGAGAGCCUGAGACUAAAUUUCCAAUUACUUAAUUACUCCAAGUUCAAGUACGAUUUCUAUAAGAAGUUGAGCGAGAAGCCUGUGGAAUUCCUCAAGGAGGUUCUCGAUAAGAACACAGAGCUCUUGAAGAUCCUGUCGAGCGAUUCGUUCACGUUUGGCAACGACGGCCUUUUGGACGAGGAGCUGGUGAGAAGGUCAGAGUUUUACACGGACGAGUUUUUGAGCGAGCAUAUCAACAUUCUGUUCAAUUCUGGAAGAAUCUGA